AUGUGUGCACUGUCUGUGUUAACCUUGAGAGAGAGGGAGACUGAGAGAGACAGAGAGCGAGAGAAGGAGCCAAUCAUUAUCGCGAGCGUCGGGCGGAACGAGACGAGGCGUUCCUAUCAUAGGAUUCCGCAAUCAGUGCAGUCACGGCAGUGCCAGCAGUGCAGGUGCAGUGGGACUGGUAUGCUUAGUAUGGUUAGUAUGGCUAAUAUGGCGUCCAGUCCUGUCAACGGCAACCUAUCGCCACCACGACAGUCGCCCACCAAACCAGUGGACACCAAACAACUGCUGUCCAACUCCAUGACCAAUGGCACGAAUGACACGACUAUCGUAGUGGUCGACCACCACAACGAUCACCACAUCCCCAACGCCACAGUCUUGCACCACAACGACGACGAGGUGCACAUCAAGUCCGAGCCCUUAGACCCGUUACCACCCGUCGCAUCGCCCGUCCAGAUGGUCGAUGUGAUCGCCAAUGGGGUGGACCGGAGUCGAGACCUGGAGCCGUCACCGCCAGCCACUGUCAUAUCGCUAGCACCGGCACAACCGUAUCAGUCGGCAGCCACACAACUGACUUUCGCAGCGCCUACCUAUGACAUCGCUGAAACAGGACCCUACACCGUACAGGUGAACACAGGUGUGUCCCCACAGUACGCAACCGUCACACCGGCCACCAAUGGGUGCACCAACGGCGGCACCGUCUACCUGACCACUGUCGACUACAUCACUUACCGGGACUAUUACCCCACCACCUCGACCACCACCGCAGUCAACAACAGUGAUCAGUACCAAACAGUGCGCCAACACCUCAGCACAACCCCUACGGCCACCUACACGACCACCAGCGAUACCGAAACCACUUCCUUUCUGGACAGGUAUCUCCGACAACAACCCGCCACUACCAGUGCUAAUGGCACCACAGCUUACAAAGCAACCAUCCAUGGCCUCACUGUGGACCUGCCUUCUCCGGACAGUGGCAUUGGGGACACCACUAUCACUCCCAGACAAGAGAAUGGCACUUUGCCACAGGUCAGUCAG